AUGACCAGCAAAAAUUCAGAAGCUGCUGGCUCAUCAAGUAAACCUCCUCAGCCUUAUGAACGAGAUCAGCUGUUGCCGAUUGCGAACGUGGCGCGAAUCAUGAAGGAAAUCUUGCCUGCUAAUGCAGAGAUAGCCAAAGAAGGGAAAGAAACAAUGCUGGAGUGUGUUUCUGAGUUCAUAAGCUUUGUGACAGGUGAAGCAUCCGAAAAGUGCAGGAAGGAAAGGCGGAAAACUGUCAAUGGGGAUGAUAUUGUCUGGGCUAUUGACAGGCUUGGUUUCGACAAUUAUGCUCAGCCACUCAAGAGGUAUUUGGAUAGGUAUAGAGAGAUUGAAGGGGAUCAUAGAGCAAAUAUGAAUAUUGUUCAUAAUAGAGUUGGUUAUGAUCAUGAAGAAAAUGGACGGUUUCACUUGUAUGUUAAAGAUGCCCAACAGGAUCGAAUAGAUGAUAACCAUCCGAAUGGUGAUCAUUAA